AUCAUGCCCGACCACCCUCACAUCAAACAAGACACAAGAAAGUUGGCUCAUUGUCCAAUUGAAAAACAUUGAAACGUGUAUGUGUCACCCGCGCUGACACCGGGGUUAGGACGGUUAUUAAAAGGAGAGGCUUGUGGUAAGGGAAGAGGAGAGAGGCUCAGAACGUACCAUCUGGAUUGAACAAUGCGGUGAGUUGCAGACGAAAGGUGCACAUGCAGAGCAACGGCCACUUCCUGUCUUCUACUUGUAGCAUAGGCACACUUACUUUACAGGCCUGCAGGAUUCGCAUAGACGCAAGUGUGUCUUUGUGGAGGCGUUCCAGUGGGGCACAUGAAUAUCACCUGGAACAUUUUAUGGCGUAGGAGCACCAUAUUGUGCAAGAUAGCUUUCAGAGUCUGACCUCAAACCGAAGCUGGUUUAAUUUACAACAUGAGUGACAUCGGGGACGUGGAAAGUGCCCCGGGGACGUCUGGAUGUGGCAGCCGGACCGGACUGGGGUUCGCCCUGGGGAGGGGGCAUCCAGGACGCCUCACAGGGCUCUCCUCCCCCGUACCACCAGGAAGACUGACAUCUCUGAAAUCCAGAGACCUCACCUUGGGCGGACUAAAAAAGGCAAAGAAAAUCUUCGAGCCAAACGUAAAAGCUGUUAGGAAAAGUAAAGACGACAGGCUACAAGACGAAAGUAAGGAGGUGCCGAAGAAGGAGAGAAGGAAACGAGAUGAGAAGCAAAGAGAGAGCCGAGGGAGGAGGAGAGAGAGACCCCAGACCAUCCAGUCUCACUCCAUCUUUGAACAAGGACCCGCCGACACCAUGCGCAAAAUAGCGUGGCGGGGGACCCCAGAUCUUGGCGAGGCCGCAGCGUCACCUUUGGGGAAGGCGGUGAAGAAGGAGCAGUCGGAGCAGGAUGAAGAUGAGAUGCUGUUUAAACUGCAGCGUGACGACUUCAUAGACGACCCUGACCUGAGGAACGAUGCGCGACUGAGGCCCGUCCAGCUGCCUCUUUACCAGACUCACACCAACUUCCAGAAGACAGAGACGCCUAUGGUCACUAGCACAACGUUUAAAAAGGACACAUCCAUGGGUGAGUCUCCAGUCUUGGGGACGGGUGCUGGCUGUGACCCCUCCAGGAGAGGGUCCCAGAUGCGGGCAGCAGAGCUACCCGGGCAUGCGGCCCCGACCCUGGGGAAACUCUUCCAUGAGCUCAGCCUGAGCGGGAAAGAGGAGCUCUUCUUCAUCCAGCUGCCGGACUGCAUGCCCGGCCCGCCCUCAGCGUCGCAGGGGGAGGCGGACCCCGCCGGCCACGCCACGGCCCCCGAGAAGACCCCCAGCAGAAGGGCAGCCCAGCCCCCGCCACCGAAGGUGCCGCUGAGGGAAAGGCAAGCGGUUCUGUCAGACUUCUCAGAGGGCAUGCUGGGUAAACUGCUGGUCAGACGCUCUGGUCGCGUCCAGCUGAAACUGGGAGACAACAUCAUGGAUGUGUCUGAGGGUGCAGCCUUCUCAUUCCUCCAGCAACUGGUGUCCGUGCGUUUGUCUGGCGGUAGAACGGGGGACAUGGCGGUGCUUGGGAACGUAGAGAGGAAACUGGUGUUCUCUCCGGACUUCCAGACUCUCCUGCAGGAGGCCCCGGCAAACCAGACAUCGGGGCCGAGAUGAUGAGCUCCUCUCUGUUAACGAUUGGACUUCACCGUCUGACGGAGACACGCGACUGUCCAAACUAUCAGAGAUGACCAGCCUCGUCCUUCCAUCUCUGAAACAAAACAAAAGAUCUUAAAAGCAUUGCUGAAGAUCACGUUUAGCGUCCAGAAGGAAUACAGACGCGUCCUGUAAUGCAGUAGGAUGUGUUUGGGGUUACAUGGAGAUAUCUGCCGUUUGUCAAUAAUCUCCAGUGGAGAGCAGGAACACAGUUUAUACUGGUGGAAUUGCCAGCUUCCUAGAGAAGGAGGGCAGCGAGUAGGACCUCCAUUUAUUCAGGUGGAAUUGACAGAGCUUACUAGGAACAUGGCCUUGAGAUUGACACUCACCAGCAAUGUAGGUAGUACUGAUGCAUUUUAGAUCUUCUGACAACAUGGAGUCAAGCUUUAAUGGGAUGAAUGUAAUUUAAUACAAGAGGAAAGCCCAUACUCACUUGAUGCACUGAUGAAGAUAAUGUAUGUUUAAUGUUACAUUUAGAUUCUCGUUCUUUGUAGUCCUCUGGCCUUUUUAUACUUGGAUUGAUGACCAUUUUCAAAACGUAGCUAGCAGGUUCAGAAAAUGAGUUCAGUUAAAAUGGUCGAACUCAUUGUUUAUUUUGUCCAGGUGCACCAGUGUUCUCCGACCAUAACGCAAUUACAACCGUUACUGAACAAGAAGUGGUCGUGAUCUCCGACUGGCUCAUCACCGUGUUUAAGAUGGGUGACUGAAUAAUAGCAUAUAUUUUGUGUUAAGAUUAAAGUCAAAACAGGGUAUGUUUUGGAACUGUUGACUUAAAAGUUAUGCCGCUAGAUACUUUUACACAGUGGCCCUUAAACCGCAAUAUACUGAGCAGACACCUUAAAUCAGCAAGUUCUCAGUUUGGGAUAUUACCUUUGAUAUAAAAAAUGUAAUUGAAAAGGAUUUUUUUUGUAUUACAAGACCAACGGUUAAUAAAAACAGCACUUUCUUCAAGCAAGUCAACUGAAUAUUUCCACAAUGUCAAACGACAUCCCUUUGUAUAACGUAUAUGUUCGUCCUUAUCACUCUUCUACAUCCCAAACAGUCAUUUUGUGAAAAACAACAUUUGUCAGUUUAUUUGGUAACAUUUAACAAUGUAAUAAAACCAGAUUUCUGCAAGAAGCGCAUGAUCCAAAACCGUUUUCGUCAAACACUGGUAGUAAUAAUAAUGGUAACUUCAUAACUGGCCGGUCUAGAACUUGAGAAAACGUGAAAAAAAAACAAAAAAAAAAAUAACAUUGUCUAUACAUUCAGUCAGACAUUGAGGUGGAACACCUUAAGAAGCUACCUGGUCAAAUAUGAGAUAUUUUUUCAUUUAGCUACAAAAAAGUAUUGAAACUAAAAGAAAACAAAAUACAUUUUGUAUGCCAAAACAAAAUCGAACCGCUUUAUUGCAUUUGGAGAAAAAAAAAAAAAAACAUUUUAGAGUUCUUUUGUGUCAUCCUGUUUUUAAAUGAAACCCAUUUGGAAAAGAUGCAGAAACAAAUGCCUGGAGAAAGUGAGGCUGCCUUUAUCCAGACACUUAUCAGCCGACAAGGACUGUAUACAAUUUCCUCUGCCAUUGUGGCUUGGAGACAUGCCAACAACAAUCUGUGGAUCAUCUUGGUACACAAACCAGUCUCCUAGCAACAGACACAAAGACCAUCCGAAGGCCCUUCAGGAAUAAUGUGCUCAUGUUCACAGUAACAAACCUGUUCAAUAUGGGAGUGAAAUGUUUUCUCUCAGACCUUUUAUGACACUUUCAGCGCUGGUUACAAGGAACAUCAAAGUGUUGUUAUUGUUUCUCUGCCAGGCAAUUUGAAAAAUAGAAUUGAGUGGUCACUGAAACCGUUUUUCAAGAAAUGACUGAUUCUGGACAAAGGUUUGUCCCUUUGUACUAAGGUAGCAUUCAUGACGAUGACCACCCCUCCUGGUUGCAACGGGAUGGGUUGAGAGUCCUAGAACCUCCUGGUUAUACUCAUGAACAUUUCAGUAGUCUGGGAUCCAGUGGUCCAGCUCGCCUCACUCCUUUACUUCUUACUCCUGGUGAGGGUCACUUUCCCAGCCGUCUUCCCUUUCCCAGCGGCCUUCACCACUCCGGCCGUCGCAGUCUUCUUCGCUUUGGGCUUUGCCUUCACCUCCUUCUUGGUGGCCCUCUUCUUGGCGGGGGCCUUUUUGGGCCUGGUGUGUUCCCGGAGGAGGUCCUCACGGCCGAUCUCCAGCAUGUGUUCCUCCCACGACUUUAUCUCGUUCUUGUACCGGAUCUUGUCGUCUUCCGCCAGCUGCAUGUAAACCUGGAGCCAGGGGAGAGGCAUGAGGGACAAGGAACGCUGUGUAACACACAAUCUCAGACUAUACGUUUUAGGUGGAGGAAUCUUCCAUUAAUAGUCAGACUGUAAAAUGGAAAUUCGUUAUGUAAAAAAUGUAAUACCUGUUUUUUGUAACCGAGAAGACUUCUCCAGUCAUCCAUCAAUGAAAUCAAUUUGGC